AUGCUAUUGUUCCAUCCUGAUCCGAGCUGCAUAUUCCAUCAGCUUGACGAGACAUUCUACUGUGCUUCGAGUAGUUUCAAUGUAUUCCCUGGUAUCCCGAUUCAUGCUAGCAAGGAUUUGACAAAUUGGAGACUUGUCGGGCAUGCUUUGAACCGGGAGAGUCAACUGCCUGUCCUUGCAGAAUCUAUUGGGUCUACGAGUGGCAUCUGGGCGCCUGCAUUGCGCUUCCACAAUGACACAUUCUAUCUCUUGACUACUAUGGUGCAUGACAAGAGGGCUGACAACGACUCUUCGAGGUGGGAUAACAUCAUCUUCUCGACGACAGACUUAUGGGAUGAGAGCAAGUGGACUGAUGCUAUACACCUUGACUUUGAGGGUUACGAUAUCAGCCCGCACUGGGAUGACGAGGGCAACUCGUAUGUUGUUGGAAGUCAUGCAUGGAAAGUAGCCUACGGUAUUCACAUCAAUCGUGUCGAUCUCACGACGGGAGAGGUACUCGGCGACUGGACUAAUCUAUGGAACGGUACAGGCGGUAUUGCACCGGAAGGACCACAUAUCUUCAAGAAAGACGGCUGGUACUAUUUGAUGAUAGCAGAAGGUGGAACCGGCCUACUUCACAUGGAAACGAUAGCGCGAUCAAAAGAUCUCUAUGGACCAUAUGAACCGAAUGCCGCAAAUCCAAUAUUGACCAACGCAAACACCACUGAAUACUUUCAAGCUGUAGGCCAUGCCGACCUCUUUCAGGACGCACAAGGUCAAUGGUGGGGCGUAGCGUUAGCUGUCCGCUCUGGCCCGGAAUGGGUAACCUUCCCCAUGGGCCGAGAAACCGUCCUGUACAACGUUACAUGGGAAGCCGGCUCAUGGCCUGAACUGCAACAUCCAGUCCAGGGCGAGAUGCGAGGAUGGUCACUUCCUGGCAUCAUCCAAAACCUACCAGGUGACGGCCCCUUUGUAGAUGAAGGCGACAACAACAUCAAGUUCCGCCCAAACACCUCGAUUCCACCCCACUUCGUCUACUGGCGUCCACCUAUCACAGAGAACUAUGCUAUUUCCCCACCCGGCCAUAUCAACAGCUUGCGUCUCAAGCCCUCAAGCCUGAAUCUUACAGGCAUCGAUGGAAACUCACCCGGUCCAGGGAGUCAAACGUUCAUAUCCCGGCGUCAAGUCGACACACUGUUCAAUUUCGCUUUCGACCUAGACUACACCCCUAGUGCCCAUAACGAAGAAGCGGGAAUAACACUUUUCUUGACGCAGAACCACCACGCACGAAUGGGCGUCGCGAUGCUCCCUCUAGCCAACGACAGCAGUAAACUAGCACCACACUUCCACUUCCAUGCUAUAUCCUACAUUCCCGUUCCUGACGACAUAGUCGUCCCUGUGUACGCCUCCUGGCUUAACAAACCGCUCACGCUGAGUCUGAGAGCGGUGAACGUCACACACUAUGCUUUUGGUGCCGGACCCGCUGACGGCAGUGUACCUAUCCAGGACUUCGCAUAUGUGGGUGGUGAUAUCAUCUCCUGGGGCUUCACGGGUGCGCUGGUAGGGACAUAUGCGACGAGCAAUGGAGGAAAUGGGACAACGGAGGCGUAUGUUACGAAUUGGAAUUAUCAAGGCUGGGGGCAGGUUAGGGAGAAUUGGAAUGGAACUGGAAUCUACUGA